AGCCGCGCGGGACCCGCGGGCAGAGCCCGCCGCCGGGGGGUGGCCGAGGGAGGCAGGCGACGAGGACGCGGGGACAGGUACCGCCUGCUUUUGGUGGUCAGCCUUUAAAGUCAGGGCUUGGAAGAAUCAGCAAAACCUGGAAAAGAUUGAAGAAGACACUACCGGAAACUGUGGUAUCCAUAGAGACGCUGUCGGAAAUUAGGGUUGCUAGGAGGCCUGGGCGCGCGGACUGUAUAAUGUCUGAAAUCUCCGAAGAUUACUAUCCCGACCCAGAUGAAAAUGAUGAGCCAGAGUCAAAGACACUUGAAAUGCCAGGACUUAGUUAUUUGUCCGAAAAUACGAAACUGUACACGGCAGAAGCAAGUACGGAGCUACUCUUUGAGAUUAACAAAGAGCCACAGGCAUUGGACAGCGAGGAAGACGUUAAAGAGGAGCCAGAGAAUGAAAAGAGUGUUCAGGUAGAACCAACCUGGACAUCCGAGGAAAACAUUCCCAAGGAGAUCCAAAUUGACCUGUUUAUUCAAGAAGAAUCAGGGACGGCCCAAGUGUUGAAGUCAGACACUGGGAGAAAUGGAGGUAAGCUUUACAAGGAUUUGAAGAUGCCUGUAGAUGAAAAGGCUAAAGAACCAGGCCUAGAGCCACUGGAGGAGGCUAAACCAGGUAUCACAGAAUGGGCUACAGAAACUGAUACACAGUUACCAGUGGAAACCAAGUAUGACGUUGUAGGGGCCACAACCAGUGAGAGGACAUUAGAGUUACUACUAGAGGAGCCUGAACAGGAGGCUCUAGAGAAAUCACUUAGAGAGAAAUACGAAGAAAUAGAUCUAGAGCCUUCAGAGCAGACCAAACCAGAUUUUGCAAGUGAGAAAUUAAGACAAUUAAUUGAAGAGGUAGAUCUUCAGUUACCAAAAAUAGCCAAACCAGAGAUUUCAGAGGAGACACAAAACAAGUCAACUGAAGAAAAGGUUCCAGAGCCACUGGAAUCAGAGUAUCCUGAGCGAAAACUUAUUGUCCAAACAAGUCUGGAGCCAUCAGAAAAGACCACAUCAGAACUUCCAAAGAAGACAAGAAGGUCAGAUGAAGAAAAGGUUUUAGGGACACCAGCAGAGACAGGAUUAGUACAGCUACAGGAGAUCAAAGCAGAUAUUGAAGAGGAAACACGGCGUAAGUCAAUUAAGGAGAAAGUUCCAAAGCCGCUGGAGUACACUAAACCAACAGAUCAAAAAGAGAAGCAGAGAACAUCAAGUGAGAAGAUAGAACUGGCACUUCCAGAGAAGUUCAAAUCAGAGGAAACACUAAGAAACUCAGCUGAGGAGAAAGGCCUAGAACCACCAGAACAGAGUAAAUUGGAAUUUCAAGACAUGGAAACAAGAAAACCAACUGAGGAAACAAGUCAAGUGCCACCCGGGAUGACUAAACCAGUUCAAGAGAAGAGAACAGAGUCAACUGAGAAAAAUCUAAAGUUCCUAGAGGAAGCCCAAUCAAGACAAAUAAGAAAGUUCUCUGUAAAAGAAACGGAUGAAAUUAGAAACAACUAUGCAUUAGGUUCCCACAAAGGAAGUGAAGUAAACUUACCAAAUACACAUUAUGAGAAUCCUCCGGAAUUCUCAAAACUGCUUGGGCCUGAUGACGGUGAAUACUCAAACUUAUAUUUCUCAGAGUCUCAAAUGGAAUUAACAGACUCCUUUAAUGAGAAGAAAACUGUAGAUUUGCCCAAAGGGUUGGAGGAACUGGUACCUAAAGAUGAAGACUCCAAGCCCCGAAACAGAGUGGAACCACAAUUUGAAUUUCUUAAUUGGAGCCCAGAGAAGGUUGCAGAGUGGAUUAGCCAGCUAGGCUUCCCCCAAUACAAGGAGUGCUUUACUGCAAACUUCAUCAGUGGCAAUAAACUCAUCCACGUAAACUGUUCAAACCUCCCUCAGAUGGGGAUAACAGAUUUUGAGCACAUGAAGGUAAUUUCUCGGCACAUAAGGGAGCUGUUGGGCAUUGAAGAGCCAUUAUUCAAGCGCAGCAUCACUCUUCCCUACAGAGAUAAUAUUGGCUUAUUUUUGGAACAAAAAAGUCAUACUGGGGUUAAAUCUGAUAGCUUGACCUUCUCUGAAUUUGUCAAAGCAGCAGGAUUACAGGACUACGCUCCAUAAAUAAUCCCUUGAAGAGAAUGAAGCAUUAAGUUGCACUCAACUAUCGAGGAGAAAAAAAAAUCAUUUUACUUACCUUGAAAGACAAACUAAAUUACUUGGGGAAAGAGGUAUGGUCUUCUUUGAGUUUUCUUUUUCUUCUCUUCAAUAAGGACUAAAAAGCUGGGGAGAGAGUUC